AUGUGCUUGGCAUCCGGACAGUACAGGCCCAACGACCCGAACAAAUUGUUACACAAAUGCGACAUUUACCGGAGCAAGGAGGCGGGCGCCAUAGUAAAGAAAAUCAUGGAAUCCGGAUCAUCUGAAAAUUGGAGGGAUACUUUAUCACUAGCGAUCGGUGAGAACAAACUUGACGGUUCAGCUCUGAGAGAAUUUUUCCAACCGCUCGAAGAAUGGUUACGAAAUGAAAACCUCAGGACAGGCCAGUUUAUAGGAUGGAAUUACGAUGGAGAUUACUGUAAGCAUAGUAUUGAAACGGCUAAUCUACAGGUCUAUGGAGGAUUUUACAAUGGAGCUAAUUCUCCAGUAACAUCGACUUUAGUGUUAAUAUCUUUACUAUCAAUAUUGUUAACAUGCGUUAAUGGAUAUUUAAUUUAA